GCAUUAUAGAUAUGAUUUACCGCUGAUGUAACUCGAGCUGUUGCUUUCUAAUGAAAGCUGAAGGCCUGACAUGUGGACAUGGAUAAUUUAUUAAGAGGUAAGAACUGCACAACCCUGUAUUGCAUAAAGACAUGCUUAAAAAUGUAUGAAUGUCCUUGUAUUGGAUGACAACAUUUAAAAAAAUAAAUGCAACUUAUCCAUGUAAAGAAAGCAUGCUAUUCAAGCAAAACAUUAAUCAGUUUGAAAAACCAAAUUACUGGAUGCAGUGUUGAAGUAAGACUAUGUGACUAAGUGACUUUGUCGAAGUGGAACAUGCAGGAGCAUCAGCUGAUCUAAUGAGUGACAUUCAAGCAUUCAGAUACUUAAGAACCACUGCAGACCUCCAGCCUCCAUCAGCGCACACAAUGGCCGCAUCGCUGUUGCUUUCUAUUUCAGGUGCUGAUGCAGGCGACGCGCUGUUGCCAUAGGAACAGCAUCCCCAGCAUCAUUUAUCGACACGCUCCCUGCCGCCGUCCCUCAUUGGUCGCUCAGCUGGCGCUGUAACCAUUCGCGUCGCAGUUGAGAGCGGAAGUCCCGCCCACCACAUUCACCAUUGCCUUAUUAAGACAAGCAGGCGUGGCUUACGGCGCUCCUCCGCGCCCAUUGAUCGCCCAACGCAUCAAUCCCGCAACAAAACUCCUGUCCUCGAACCGAGACGGUGUGCUCUGGCUUCAGAAGGUCUCCACCCGAGAGUAUGGCGGUUGAGGAUGCUGGAAGAUACAGAAGAAUAGCUAUUCUGGAAUGCAGCAGCGUCCUUAACGAUCUCCAAAUGACGCUCGGAGGGGACGCGUGAUGCCUUACAUGCUCGCCCUGACGGGGCGCGCCGCGCUUUUAUAACCUAAAUGCACGCAAAUGCAUGUUAAAAGAUUAUUUCAACAAGCAGCUGUUGGGUUCUGGCUAUUCGAGGUGGCUAGAGAUGCCAUGAAGUCCGCGCAUUGGCUCUUUGUGCGCCUCUGUUAUUUGUCUCUGUGGUGAGUGUUGCAAUACAGCCAGCCAUGGCUCCGCGUCUGCUCGACUUCUGCGAUAUUCAAAGCAAGUUUCCCGUCGCAUCUGAUCGGUUUGGACACUGUUAGCUGGCUCCAUUACGCGCGUCACGUCGGUUCGCAUCCGUGCGCAAUGCGCGAGUACAAGGUGGUGGUGCUGGGCAGCGGAGGGGUCGGGAAAUCCGCUCUCACGGUCCAGUUCGUGACCGGGACCUUCAUCGAGAAGUACGACCCGACCAUCGAAGACUUCUACCGCAAGGAGAUCGAGGUGGACUCGUCGCCGUCGGUGCUGGAGAUCCUGGACACGGCGGGGACCGAGCAGUUCGCGUCCAUGCGGGAUCUCUACAUCAAGAACGGCCAGGGCUUCAUCCUGGUCUACAGCCUGGUCAACCAGCAGAGCUUCCAAGAUAUAGGAAUGCUUCGGGACAAUGUCAUGUAUGUUCGCAGGUACGAGCGCGUGCCCGUGAUACUUGUGGGAAACAAGGUGGACCUGGACAAUGAGCGCGAGGUUUCAUCAAGUGAGGGUCAAGCCCUAGCUGAAGAAUGGGGCUGCCCGUUCAUGGAGACAUCGGCCAAGAGCAAAACCAUGGUGGAUGAACUGUUCUCGGAGAUAGUCAGGCAGAUGGACUACGCCUCUCAGCCGGAUAAGGAAGACCCGUGCUGCUCCUCCUGCAAUAUACAAUAACCCCACAAUCAGGAGCCACAUAAGGUUUUCAAAGGGGUUCAACAUGGAGCUCUUCACUAAAGUAGUGUUCAUACACGUCAUGCACAUGUGAAUGCCGUCUACACACUAGACAAUCCUACAAAUUCAUUGAUUUCAAUGGGAAAGAUGCAUCGCAAAGACAUACCCAGCUAACAUUAUUUAAAC